GCGUAUGUGUAGUGUAGUAUUAGUGGGUGCACACUUGUGAGGCGUUAACGAGCUAUUUCGCAAUCCAUUUUCCAUUUACUCCGGUUGAGUCAUGAUGCUAGUUAAUUAAUGUCGGUUUUUUCGUAAAAUUUGAUUCCGUAAUUCUGAUUACGCUUCCGUGAACGGUGCUGGCAUCCGUCGUAGCAUAAUUUUUCUCUCACAAUUUUUGCCCCGCGAGAAUUCUUUGUACGGAGGGUGUGGAGAUCAUUGAGAAAAUCUGGUUUUGCAAUUUUCUUAACUGAAAUCCAGUUCCGUUCUUUGCAGUUCGUGUGUCUGUCUCGGCAGUGUGUGCUGGUAAUUAAAUGUCACUGGUGUCCCGCGCGCGAACAAUCCGCUGACGUUAUCCCGGUCGGGUCCCAUUUGCCGGUGCUGUGCGCGCAUCAGCUGGUGUGUUUGUUGUGCAGCCAAGGGGUGUGCAGAUACACACUUUACACAACGAGGCCGCAUAACUGUCGCUGUUAUCGAUAUAUACUGUGGGAGCUGGAUGGCGCCGGGCCUGCUCGGUGCAGUUGGGUGUUUACUGUGGGAGUUGGAUCAGCGAUCGAGGCCAGUCGAACGCGUCGCUUAUCAGCACGAGCGUCGUCGUGACUGUGUUGUGUUGUUAUCAGCCGGACAGCAGCUGAUUGCGGGCUGCAGUGCUUAGCCAAGCCAAGCUGGAGGCCGCCGGCAUUGCAUCACCAACAGCCACCGCCGCCGGAGAAGCAUCCGCGUUGACAACGCCACGGGAAGAGGCAGCCGCUGCAUCCAUGAUGAUCAUGCCGGGACAACGCUCGCUGGACAAGAUGCUGCAACUGACAUUAACGGAUGAGCAUGGGGAAAUUCUCUUCCAUGCUAAAUAUAGCCUGCAAGUAUCCGUGGAAGCCAUUAAAGAAGUCCUACACCGGGAUCUCGAUGAUUUAUCACGGCAUCGAUCCAAGAUAUUCGAGCCGUUCCGCGAAGAAUCACCGGUAUAUUUCGAGCCGAAAGAGGAGCCGUACAGUGAAGCCGAAUACGACCGUCCGCCCACCGACGUGGAGAUGGAGUCGCCCACGGAGCUGCGGCCGCCGCGGCAGCUGGGCGGACUGCUUGACCAGCCGGUGGAUCUGUCCUGCUCCUCGGCGACGCCGCCGGUGGCUGUGCCUCGUGCCUCCGUCAUACGGCAUGCGUCGCAUCCGCAUCAGAGACGUACUCAUCACCGUUUCCAGCAUAAAAUGGCCCACCACCACCAUCACCACUACUCCAGCCCAUCACCCAAAUUACGCCAUGCCUCCACUUCAUCAUUGUCCACUUCGUCGAUCGAAACACCCGAUCAACUGCCCAGUCCGGUGCUGCGCAGUCGCCUAUCAUCCGGCAGUCUGGGGUUGUUCAUGAUGAACCCGGGGAUGCUGGAGGAUCUCCCGAUGCGGGAGGAAACCUCGCCGUUGAUGUCCAUGGAACGCGGUUCACGGGAGACAUCACGGUUGAUUGAUAUUAUUACUGGUUACUCGCCGGGAGCGGGCGGGGGGCGGAGCAUGGACCCGUCGGCCACCACGUCGUCCUCGCCCGUGUCCGGGCAUGAUUUCGAGGACAGGAUGAUGAUGGAUAAUCGCCGCUCCUACGCCUGUACAUUCCCUGAUUGCAACAAAAUGUACAAGAAAAGCUCGCACCUGAAAGCUCAUAUUCGGACUCAUACCGGUGAAAAGCCGUAUGGGUGCUCUUGGGAAGGCUGUGAUUGGAGAUUUGCCCGAUCCGAUGAAUUAACCCGGCAUUACAGAAAACAUACCGGCGACAAACCGUUCAAAUGUUCGUUCUGUGACAGGGCCUUUGCACGCUCAGACCAUUUGGCGUUGCAUUUAAAACGCCAUCCGGACGCCAUGAGUGCCCUGAAUAUGCCCGUGGUGGAGAAGAAGCCCUACGGGGAUCUGCCGCCGCAUUUAUUGCCCAUGAUGCGCCGUUCCCCUUGACGCUGUUGCUGACGCCAGCCACCCGUCCAAAAAGUUUUAUAUUUCUAGUUCGGAAUUUUUAUUUGUUUUUUUCUCUCUCUUUCCUUGUUGAUUGCGUCCAUGCGUAUUUUUCUACCAUGUGUUGCACCUCUUUUCUGGCGGCUGCUGUGGAUGGGAAGUGGACGAGGGAUUUAUUCCACUUGAGUAUUUUGUUCAAAAAACCCGCAACUGGUAAAGCACAUUUCUAUGGCAUGCAAUAUUUAAAUUAAUGUUUUUAACGCCUGACGCUGUUCUGCGUCCGUAGAGGCACUGCAUAGAAUUUAUUUUUUUGUGUUCAAUUUUUCGGAUGUUUCCCUGUGUGGAAAUUCAUGUCCGCUUGGUGAGAGGUUAAAUUGUUUGGAUGGUAUUAUCGUUGUCACUUUGACCGAUGAACGGAGUCAGUGC